AUGUCGGUUUUGGGGGGAAUUCCCUCCCUUGAUAGUUCACAGCAUCAGCAGCGUCUAGUGACUGGUUUUGAAACCAGAGAAACAUAUUCUUCGACUACUACACUUGAAAAUGAGACGAAGGAGCAAGAUUCAGAGGUUGAUAUCGAGGAAGAAGUUGAGGAGAUGGUGAGAGAACUUACUCGUCACUCCACUCACUUUUCCUCGGCGAAUGCCAAAAACCCUUUUUUCGAAGAAGACAAGGAGACUACUUGGCACCCUGAUAGUCCUUUCUUCAAGACAAAAGAUUGGAUUCGUUCCCUGAUUGCGGCCCAAUCUCAAGACCCUGAGCGAUUCCUGCAACGUUCGGCAGGUGUUGCGUUCAAGAAUCUCUCUGUUCAUGGCUUUGGAAGUCCCACCGAUUACCAAAAGGACGUUUUCAAUGCCAUUCUGAGUAUCGGCGGCUUAGUGCGUAACCUUGUCGGAAGCGGCAAGCAGAAGGUUCAGAUUCUCAGGAACUUCAAUGGGCUUGUCAAAAGUGGCGAGAUGUUGUUGGUCUUGGGUCGUCCUGGAAGUGGUUGCUCGACAUUCCUGAAAACAAUUGCCGGUGAGAUGAACGGCAUCUAUGUUGGCGACGAGAGUUAUUUGAACUAUCAAGGAAUUUCGGCCCCAAUUAUGCAGAAGCAGUUCCGUGGAGAAGCCAUCUUCAGCGCUGAAAAUGAUGUCCAUUUCCCCCAGCUCACGGUUGGUGAGACCUUGACAUUCGCUGCCCUAGCGCGCGCGCCUCGCACUCGCUUCCCCAGCUUGUCCAGGAAGCAAUAUGCCGAGCAUCUCCGAGACGUGGUCAUGACCAUGCUAGGACUUCGGCAUACAUUCAAUACUCAGGUUGGUAACGACUUCGUCCGCGGUGUCAGUGGAGGUGAACGUAAACGAGUCAGUAUCGCAGAGGCUAUUCUCAGUGGUGCCCCACUCCAGUGCUGGGAUAACAGCACGCGAGGUCUGGAUAGUGCCAACGCAUUGGAAUUCUGCAAGAACCUUCGCUUAAUGAGUGACUAUGCAGGCACUACAGCCUGUGUUGCUAUUUACCAGGCUUCACAGAGUGCCUACGACGUCUUCGACAAAGUUGUAGUCCUUUACGAGGGUCAACAAAUCUACUUUGGCCCGACCGGCGAGGCUCGUGACUUCUUUAUCAAUAUGGGCUUCGACUGCCCAUCGCGCCAGACCACUGCCGACUUCCUCACUUCCCUGACCAGCCCAACCGAGCGCAGAGUGAAGGCAGGAUGGGAAGCAAAAGUGCCUCGGACACCCGCGGAGUUUGCGCAGCGCUGGCAGAGUAGCCAGGAGUGUGCCCAUCUCCUCCAAGAGAUUGAUACCUUUGAUAAUGAACACCCCAUCGGUGGUCAGUCCUUCGCUACUUUCAGUGAAGCACGCCGCCAGAUGCAGUCGAAGCAACAACGUCUCAAAUCCCCCUAUACCCUCUCGGUUCUCGAACAGAUCAAACUUAAUCUUACGCGUGGCUUCCAGCGCCUUAGGGCUGAUAUGACAUUGACUUACUCCGCUCUUUUCGGCAACUUCUUCAUGUCUCUGAUCUUGGGAAGUGUAUUUUAUAACAUGGCCUCGGAUACCGCCAGUUUUUACUCGCGAGAAGUCCUUCUCUUCUAUGCCGUUCUUCUCGCUGCCUUUGCCAGUGCGCUCGAGAUCUUAACCCUAUAUGCUCAACGACCAAUAGUGGAAAAGCAAUCCCGAUAUGCUUUCUAUCACCCUUUUACAGAAGCGGUCGCAUCCAUGCUGUGUGAUGUGCCGUAUAAGUUGGUGAACUCCUUCACGUUUAAUCUCCCGCUUUAUUUCAUGGCCAACCUGAAACGCGAGCCGGGAGCGUUUUUCAUCUUUUGGCUCUUCUCCCUUGUCACCACAUUCACCAUGUCCAUGGUUUUCCGGACAUUUGGUGCCGCAUCACGUUCUCUGGCUCAAGCACUGGUUCCUGCUGCUUUGCUCAUUCUGGGUCUUGUGAUUUACACAGGUUUCAUCAUUCCUACCAAAGAAAUGCUUGGCUGGUCUCGCUGGAUGAACUACAUUGAUCCCAUUGCUUAUGCAUUUGAAAGUAUGAUGGUCAAUGAGUUCCGCAAUAGAGAGUUCCCCUGUUCUUCGUUUGUCCCUUCUGGAGAGGGAUACGAGAAUGUGGACACUAUCAAUACCAUUUGCAGCACUGUGUCAUCCACUGCUGGAGAUCUCUACGUCAGUGGAGACGCUUACUUGGAGACUGCAUACGCCUAUACCAACGAUCAUCUUUGGCGUAAUCUGGGUAUUGUCUUCGCCUUCAUGAUCUUCUUUAUGUUCGUAUACCUAAUUGCUACCGAAUACAUCACCGAGGCUGCCUCUAAGGGAGAAGUACUUCUUUUCCGCCGAGGUCGUCAGCCAAAGACCCAGGCACUGGAUUCUGAGACUACGGCAGACGCUACCUACAGGGCCGAUGAGAAGUCUGAGGGUGCCGGUGCUAAUAUCCAGAGACAGACUGCCAUCUUUCAGUGGCAGGACCUUUGUUAUGAUAUCAAGAUCAAGAGCGAAGAGCGCCGGAUUCUUGACCAUGUGAAUGGAUGGGUCAAGCCUGGUACUGCUACCGCAUUGAUGGGUGUUUCCGGCGCAGGAAAAACAACUCUGCUGGAUGUUCUUGCAACUCGCGUGACAAUGGGUGUUGUUACUGGCGAUGUUCUGGUUGAUGGUCGUCCCAGAGACAGCUCAUUCCAACGCAAAACCGGCUAUGUUCAACAACAAGACGUUCACCUGCCUACUUCCACGGUACGCGAGGCUUUGCAGUUCAGUGCUUUACUCAGACAACCUGCCCACCUUAGCCGGAAAGAAAAGCUAGAUUACGUUGAUGAGGUUCUUGAAUUGCUUGGUAUGCAAACAUACGCUGAUGCGAUUGUUGGUGUUCCAGGUGAAGGAUUGAACGUUGAGCAGCGUAAGCGUCUGACUAUUGCCGUGGAGCUGGUUGCCCGACCUCAGCUAUUGCUUUUCCUGGAUGAGCCUACAUCCGGUUUGGACAGUCAAACCUCUUGGUCCAUUCUGGACCUGAUUGAAACCCUGACCAAGCACGGCCAGGCUAUCCUAUGUACCAUUCAUCAACCAUCUGCCAUGCUGUUCCAGCGAUUCGAUCGACUUAUGUUCCUUGCAAAGGGAGGACGCACUGUUUACUUUGGAAAGAUUGGCGAAAACUCCUCGAUAUUGGCAGACUAUUUUAUGCGCAAUGGUGGCCAUGCUUUAACUGAUGGCGAGAAUCCGGCGGAAUGGAUGCUGGAGGUAAUCGGUGCUGCUCCUGGGUCCCACAGCGAUAUUGAUUGGCCCGAGACUUGGAACAAGAGCCCCGAAAAGCAGGCUGUUCUUGACCACCUGGCUGAGCUGAAAUCCUCUCUUUCUCAGAAAGAACCAGAUGCGAACACGGAUACCGAACACCGCGAGUUUGCGUCUUCGACAAAGGACCAGCUUAUCCAGUGUCUAUCUCGGGUCUUCUCCCAGUACUGGCGUACUCCCUCUUACAUCUGGUCCAAAUUGGUUCUCUCGGUUCUCACUGCACUUUACAACGGAUUCUCUUUCUACAACGCCAAGAAUACGCAGCAAGGAUUGCAGAACCAAAUGUUCAGUAUCUUCAUGCUCAUGACCAUCUUUGGAAACCUCGUCCAGCAGAUCAUGCCCAAUUUCAUUAUCCAACGAUCGAUCUUCGAAGUCCGUGAACGCCCAUCCAAGAUGUACUCGUGGCGUGUGUUCAUGGCCUCGAAUAUUAUUGUUGAGUUGCCUUGGAAUUUCCUGGUUGCUGUGUUGAUGUUCUUCUGCUGGUACUACCCAGUCGGUUUGUACCAAAACGCCGAGCCGACUAAUGCCGUGUCCGAGCGUGGUGCACUUAUGUUCCUCUAUCUGCUGGUCUUCCUGUGGUUCACGUCUACAUUCACACACAUGGUCGUUGCCGGUGUGGAAAAUGCAGAAACUGGAGGCAAUAUCGCCAAUUUGAUCUUCUCCCUUCUUCUCUUAUUCUGCGGUGUCGUCGCCACCCCUGACGCGAUGCCCGGGUUCUGGAUUUUCAUGUAUCGCCUUUCCCCAUUCACCUACCUGGUAUCGGGAAUGCUGUCCACCGCUGUUAGUGGUACGGACGUUACAUGCAGUACUGAUGAAAUCCUCACCUUCGACCCCCCGAGCUCUCAGACCUGCUAUGAAUACCUGAAUGCUUACGCUCAGCGGACUGGUGGAUAUAUCAACAACCCUAACGCGACGAGUUCGUGCUCAUACUGCAGCAUGUCUUCUACCGAUACCUUCCUUGCCAGUGUGGACUCUUACUGGAGUGAUGCCUGGAGAAACUUUGGUAUCAUGUGGGCUUACUUGUUGUUCAAUAUCGUUGUAGCCCUUGGAAUCUACUGGUGGGCUCGUGUCCCCAAAGGAAACAAGACUAAGGGGAGUGCUUAA